AAUUCUCUAUUCCUUCUUUCUGAAUCAAAAUGCUCGUUUUUCUUGACCCAUCUUCAGAAUUUAACAUUGCCAUGUUCGUGUUUCGAUCCAUUCUCCUGCUAUGUUUUCAAUUGUGAAAAGGGCAUCUCUCAUCAUGUCGUCUUCCCCCUUAUCUAAGCUCGCCUCUGAUCCUAGCAAUCGCCUCAUCAGGGUAUCUGAAAAACUCGCGGUUUUAUCUCGACACCUCCGGUUGUACAAUCCCCCACCGAAUUCCGACAUAACCGAUGCAAAGGAGCGGAUGAUUGAAGAAACAACCGGAAAGGUGGUUUCUCAGUUGGGUUUUGUCGAAUCGGCAACUCCGGUUGCUAGACAGCUUGACAGAUUUCAUCAACCCAAAAGAGCCGCCGUUCUGAUCUGUCUAUUUGAAGGGGAAGAUGGAGAUUUUCGUGUAAUCCUCACUAAACGGUCCUCGAAUCUCUCUACUCACUCCGGAGAAGUUUCAUUGCCUGGAGGGAAAGCAGAUGAGGGAGAUGAAGAUGAUUCUGCAACAGCAAUGAGAGAAGCAAAUGAGGAGAUAGGAUUGAACCCUUCUCUUGUAAAUGUUGUUACUGUUCUUGAACCAUUCAUGUCCAAGCAUCUGAUUAGGGUAAUUCCUGUAAUUGGCAUACUUUCGGAGAAGAAAUCAUUUAGACCUGUUCUUAAUUAUAAUGAAGUGGAAUCCAUAUUUGAUGCUCCUUUGGAGAUGUUCAUUAAGGAUAAGAACAGGAGAUCAGAGGAAAGAGAGUGGAUGGGAGUGAAGUAUCUUGUUCAUUACUUUGAUUAUGAAACUGAUAAUGGUAAAUACUUGAUUUGGGGUUUAACUGCUGGCAUUCUAAUUCGGGCAGCAUCUGUUGUUUAUCAAAGACAUCCUUCUUUUGUUGUGUAAAUUCGACAGAUUCCUUUUCUAUUUAUUGGUUUUGUUCUUCCUUAGUU